ACAAACCAAACACGUCCACAACCCAACAGCUUUGGAUACAUCCACACGGACUACCCAUUCGAAUAGAGACUUCGUAAGGGCUUUCCUCACUGUAGGGCCACUCCUACUCGCGCCACCUCUCUGGAUCGGCCACAGUCCCGGCACGGUAUGCAUUGCCAGCGGCCGCUCUGGCGAUGGCCAGCCCUCCUGCGAAAACUACCUGUCGCAACCAUACCGCCGGCGGCGGCAGCAAGACAACUCACCCGUCGCAUAUCUAGCAUGCCGACUGGUCCGAUGAGCGCCCCGCAAGCCACCAUCCCUCUCCCCUAUAUCACGGAAGUAACAUCCGGUGGUUGGAGAACGUAUGACAUCUUCUCUAAGCUAUUGCAGGAGCGGAUCGUAUGUCUCAAUGGCCCCAUAGAUGAUACAUUAUCGGCUUCGAUCGUCGCGCAGCUGCUCUGGCUAGAGUCGGACAAUCCGGAUAAAGCGAUCACCAUGUAUAUCAACUCCCCUGGAGGAUCCGUGACGGCCGGGCUGUCCAUCUACGAUACGAUGUCGUACAUCCGCUCGUCGGUAUCGACCGUGUGCCUGGGACAGGCCGCAUCCAUGGGCUCGCUUCUGCUUGCCGGAGGUGACAAGGGGAAGCGAUUCGCUCUGCCGCAUAGUAGCAUCAUGAUUCACCAGCCCCUAGGCGGCACCCAGGGGCCGGCGAGCGAUAUCCUGAUUUACGCCAACCAGAUACAGCGGACGCGCGAACAGGUCAACGAGAUCUACCGGAAACACCUCAACACGGCGUCGGGACACGAGAAAUAUAGCCUUAAGGAUAUCGAAGAGCUGAUGGAGCGCGACAAGUAUCUGACGGCCCAGGAGGCGAAGGACAUGGGCAUCGUGGACGAAAUUCUGACCAAGAGGGACAAUAAGCCACCUGCGGAGGAGACGGCCAGUGAACCACCACAGCCACCACAGCCCUCACAGCCAUCACAGCCAUCAGAAUAGGAGCCCUGCAGCUACAGCCUCUACCAGUCGCAUACCCCUAGUAAGCAGUGGGGAUGAAACCGAGGGGAGAUUCACUACCCGGCUCACCGCAACUGUGUUACAAGCAAGCAAUGGACUAGGUCAUCAUUAAGAAUUGAAACCCGCUUAAGCGCAUCGAGAUUCUCGUCCGGGGUCCGAAACCAGGCAGUUCUGACUGUCAGCGUACCUUUAGAGAUUGGAUGUAUUUUACAUAUAUGCCUGAAGAGAGGGGAAGAGAGACAAAUGGCGGCGGUACCACCACACACUCCCCUGGGACUCAUAGGUAGUACUAGUUCCCCAAUGUUCUAGGCAGAUACAACUUCAUCGCUAGCCUAUACAUCCAUAAGGGUGUCCUUGCACCCACACAAACAUUCAUAUACGGAAGAUAGACAGGUUCCCAAGUUCUUAGUCGAUGUUCUGCAGGUGGCCAUGUGGCUGAUCAUUUGCACAUUGUCUGCAAUGCUACCUACUAAUACCGCGA